AGCUCUCUGGGGAAAAGCCCAGAUCAAUUAUUAAAGGACACAGAGCUGAAUAAGGCUGCUCCCUCAGCUUUGUCCUACACUGAUUUAUUCCCUGACAAAAUGAGCGGGAGGUAUUUUGGAUUUGUUCUCCUGGUUUUGUUUCCUGUAGAGCUGCAUGCUCAAACUGCAGCUGAGCCUUGCCGAGCUCCCAGACUAGUGAAAGGUUUUGUCGUCCCCGAACAAGAAACUUAUUCUCAUGGAACCGUGGUCUCUUACUCCUGUGAUAACGGACAUAAACCAGCCGUGGAGGGUUGGUGGGCAACCAGCACGUGUCAAAACGGCGUGUGGUCCCAACCGCCACAAUGCAUAGAUAAUAACGCCUGUAUUCCACCAGUGAUACCGAAUGCAGAAUACACGGCGACCUCGGAUGGUUGGCACCCUAACAAAGACGUGAUAAGGACCAAGUGUGACAAAGGAUAUGAACACAAAGACUACGCCGCAACAGCAACAUGUAUAAAUGGGACAUGGACCCCUUUGCCCGUCUGUGAGAAAAGAGAAGAUGCGUGCGACACGCCUCCUCAGUACCCCCACACUGUAAUCGUCAAUCAGAAAUACCAGGAGCUGUUUAGUGUGGAUUCACGAGUGCAGUACGAGUGUGAACAUGGAUACACUAUAGAUGGAACACGCACGAACAAGUCUGUCAUUUGCAUGGGUGGAAUCUGGACUGAAGGUCCACAGUGCAGCAGACAAACAGCAUCAAGUGGACAUGGAGGCUCUGGCACUGCGGUGGGAGGAGCAGGAUCCUCUGGAGGAGGAAUUCAUACUGUACCAGUCAGCAGGUGUGGGAAUCCCCCCUUAGUCGAACAUGCUGAGGUUGUUGAAACUCGUGACAUGUUUGUGAGAUACCAGUGCAACAACUAUUUCGAUGAAGUGGGUCCAGAGGAAGUGAUGUGUUUGUCCGACGGCACAUGGUCACAAUUGCCCACCUGCGAAUCCAAUCACUGCUUUGUGGACACUGACCAGAACAGGAAGUUACUAUCUGUCGGAAUGAUAUUCAUAAAGUAUGGUGAAAAUAUGAAGUUGGAAUGUAAGCGGCACUCGAGCUGGUUAACAGAGCAUCACGCUGUGGUCCAAUGCACUAAUGGAAACCUUAAUAUCGGCGAAUGUUGCAGCAAGUACAAUCAAUGGUCCUGCUGAUUCUGAAAAGGAAGACGUCGCCUUGUCUCGUCUUUGUCCACCACGGACUGAAAACAGACGACAGCCUGGAAACUUGUGGUUAUGGUGUUGUGCCUUUUGUAAACGUGUACGGGCAAUAACCAAGUCAAACUUUGCAUUUUUAAUCUGUUGAUCUCCACACAACAUGGUAGUAAGUGGUCUGUACGUUCAAAGCCACACAAAAUGACUGCUGGACUGGCCUGAAUAAACUCUGCACCGCUGA